AUGGCGCCUGUGACCCAAGCAAAUGACAUCAUGGUGAAGCUGGAUAUGUUGGAAAGCCAGUUGAAAAGAAUCGAUCUUCUUGAUGACCAAUUGAAAUCCUUGCAAGAAAUAGUCGACAGACACGAAUUUAAGUUGAAAUAUCCGGAUUUUAAACAGAUUGGUUCGAGAUACUUCUACAUCGAGAAUACAUCCACGCAAUACUGGCCCACUGCUGCAAGCACCUGUCACGAAAUGGGUGGUUACCUGGCUGGCAUUAAGGACCUGGACGAGCUUGAGGCCAUAAGCCACUAUCUCAUGAAAAACACUUGGUACUGGAUCGGCAUCAGGAAUGUCAACAUCGGCGAGUUCAAGUAUUCGGCUACCGGCAAGCAAGCUCGAUUUUUAAAAUGGGGUUAUGGAUAUCCGGAGAACUACGAUUCGUAUAACUGCGUGUACCUGUACAAUGGUCUUAUGUACAAUUACUCAUGCGACAGUAGUAACCGCUUUAUUUGCCAAGUGGACAAAGACAUUUAA